UGUGUUUUUCUCUUAAAAUAGAGAUGCUACAAGAAUGUGGGUUACGUUGUUUAUGAAGAAGCAGAGUGUAACAGUUUCUUUUUACAGAACUGAACAAUGACCAUAGUUGACAAAGCUUCUGAAUCUUCAGACGCAUCAACCUGUCAGAAUCAGCCUGGCAGUUCUGAGGCAGUCUCACCUGGAGACAUGGAUGCAGGUUCUGCCGGCUGGGGUGCUGUGUCUUCGUUAAAUGAUGUUUCAAAUCACACGCUUUCUUUAGGACCAGUACCUGGUGCUGUAGUUUAUUCAAGUUCAUCUGUACCUGAUAAAUCAAAACCGUCACCACAAAAGGAUCAAGCCCUAGGUGAUGGCAUUGCCCCUCCACAGAAAGUUCUUUUCCCAUCUGAGAAGAUUUGUCUUAAGUGGCAGCAGACGCAUAGAGUUGGAGCUGGGCUCCAGAAUUUGGGCAAUACCUGUUUUGCCAACGCAGCAUUGCAGUGUUUAACUUACACACCGCCUCUCGCCAAUUACAUGCUAUCGCACGAACACUCCAAGACAUGUCAUGCAGAAGGAUUUUGUAUGAUGUGUACAAUGCAAGCACAUAUCACCCAGGCACUCAGUAAUCCUGGGGAUGUUAUUAAACCGAUGUUUGUCAUUAAUGAGAUGCGGCGAAUAGCUAGGCACUUCCGCUUUGGAAACCAAGAAGAUGCCCAUGAAUUUCUUCAAUACACUGUUGAUGCUAUGCAAAAAGCCUGCUUGAACGGCAGCAAUAAAUUAGAUAGACACACCCAGGCCACCACACUCGUUUGUCAGAUAUUUGGAGGAUACCUAAGAUCUAGAGUCAAAUGUUUAAAUUGCAAAGGUGUCUCAGAUACUUUUGAUCCAUAUCUUGAUAUAACAUUGGAGAUAAAGGCUGCUCAGAGUGUUAACAAGGCCUUGGAGCAGUUUGUGAAGCCGGAACAGCUUGACGGCGAGAACUCAUACAAGUGCAGCAAGUGUAAAAAGAUGGUUCCAGCCUCAAAGAGGUUCACUAUACAUAGAUCCUCCAAUGUUCUUACACUUUCUCUGAAACGCUUUGCAAAUUUUACUGGUGGAAAAAUUGCUAAGGAUGUGAAAUACCCUGAGUAUCUUGAUAUUCGACCAUACAUGUCUCAACCAAAUGGAGAACCAAUUAUUUAUGUUUUGUAUGCAGUGCUGGUACACACUGGUUUUAAUUGCCAUGCUGGCCAUUACUUCUGCUACAUAAAAGCUAGCAAUGGCCUCUGGUAUCAAAUGAAUGACUCCAUCGUAUCUACCAGUGACAUUAGAUCGGUACUCAGUCAACAAGCUUAUGUUCUCUUUUAUAUCAGGUCCCAUGAUGUGAAAAAUGGAGGUGAACUUACUCAUUCCACCCACAGCCCCGGCCAGUCCUCUCCCCGACCAGUAAUCACUCAGCGGGUCGUCAACAACAAACAGGCCGCACCAGGGUUUAUCGGACCACAGCUUCCUUCUCACAUGAUAAAGAACCCACCUCACUUAAAUGGGACCGGACCAUUGAAGGAGACGCCGAGCAGUUCCAUGUCGAGUGCUAACGGAAAUUCCAGCGUCAGCAGGGCUGGUCCUGUUAAUGCUUCGACUUCUGUUCAAAACUGGUCAGUUAACAGGCCCUCAGUUAUUCCAGAACAUCCCAAGAAACAAAAAAUCACGAUCAGUAUUCACAACAAGUUGCCUGUUCGCCCAGGUCAGUCUCAGCCUAACCUUCACAGCGGUUCUUUGGAGAACCCAAACAAGCCUGUGCCCUCCUCUCCCAUCACCGCUUCUCCCGCAGUGCAGUCUACCUCCAGUGCGCCCGCCGCGCCGGCCUCCAGCAAAGUAGCGAAGCAGAUGACCCCGGCUGAGUCCUGCGCCACGCCGGUGAUGAACGGCAAGUCCAAGCUGAACUCAAGCGUCCUGGUCCCCUAUGGUGCCGAGUCAUCUGAGGAGUCGGACGAGGAGGCCAAGGGCCUCAGCAAGGAGAACGGUCUGGGUACGACCGAGAGCUCGCCCUCUUCUGCUCAGGGUGCCGAAGACGACGAGGCCUCUCAGCACGAACUUCUAGAACCUGCUGCUCUAAAUGGUGCUAAUAGUACAGACGGCGACCUGAAAGAGAACGGUCUGUCAUUUGAUGGUGCCAGUUGCCAAGUCCAGCCUGCUCUACACUCGGAAAAUCCCUUUUCUAAGGCAAACGGUCUACCUGGAAAGUUGAUGCCUGCUCCUUUGCCACCUCUCCCAGAAGACAAAAUCUUAGAGACCUUCAAACUUAGCAACAAAACGAAAGGCUCGGCAGAUGGAAUGAGUCCAACCCGGACCGAGGAGAGCCCUGCCGAGAGUCCGGAAGCAGCCCCGGAGGCCGGCAGCCCCGCUCCUGACGCCCGGGACAAGCUGCAGACGCUCACGAGUCUCAGCAGCAAGCUGAAGAAGGCUCUGCUGCUCUCGGAGCCCGGCAGCAAACCCACCAAAGACGACGUCGCCGAGAGCGUCUCCGCGGAGCCCGCCGAGCCUCUGCCCAGCACCACCGUACUCUGUAACAGCAGCAUGAGCGCCGCUGGGCACGAUCAGCUCGCCGCACUCUGUGAGCCCGCGGAUCUGACAAACGAUCCGAGCAGGCCAUCGCAGGCCGCAAAGGGGGCGUUACUGGAGAGUCCCCGGGACUCAGCAGCGAUGGAGACGGUGGGGAGGCUGAGCCCGAGUCCCUCAGCGCGUGCUGAGGGUGACCGUGAGCAUGAACUCUCAUUGUGCAGCGGUUGCGACAAGUGCACGGCCAUGGAGGACCCUUCCAAAAGCACAGGCGCGUCUGCAGAGGAGUCGCCCUCUCCUCAAUUAGACAAGAUCACAGAGGGUCCUCCCGAGGGGGGGCCUGAACACAGUAACAGUGAGAGAGGUGAAGAAAAUAAGGUUGCGCAGAAAGUUCAGGAUCAUUCUCCAGUUAAGGAAAAAAUCAGUACUCUUAGAAAAGUUGAUCGAGGACAUUAUCGCAACCGAAGAGAUCGCUCCUCCAGUGGAGAGCGUGCAAGGGAAAGUAGGAGCAAGACCGAGGACCAUUAUCACAAAAAACGGCACUCCUACGUGAGAGAGCGGGCUAAGCAGGAGCGCUACCGGCCGGAGCACUGCAACGGGAGCCAGCACCAGCCCUGUCACGGGGAGAGGGGCAGCCCCAGCGAGCACCGCUCCCUGGGCAGGUACGGCCACCACCACUCUCGAAAUAGAGGCGGGUCAGACCAGGAAUGGAGCAGGUACCACCACUCAGAAAGCGAACACUCCUGGGGCCGGGAGAAAUACUACCCGGAGAAGAUGAGGUGGGACAAGUGCAGGUAUUACCACGACAGGUACGCCCCCUACGCGGCCAGGGAGGUGUGGGAGUGGAAGCCUUUCCACGGCGACCGCGAGUAUGACAAGGCGGGUCAGUACGCCAGCCGGCCGCACAAGGACUACUCGAAAAGCAGGAAGGGCUAUGAGUUGCUUGCUAAAGAAAAGGGCCGACACCACUUCAGCAGCCCCCGAGCAGGCCCGUCCCACGUCCUUCCUCUGUACCCCGAGAAGUACGCCCAGGAGAAGGUUGCACUUGUAGCUGAAGACAACACUUACCACCUCGCCGAUCGGUUUCACGAACACGAAACUGUCAAGGCACGGAAGCGGAGAUACGAUAGUCUAGAAAAUGCUGACAGUCACAUAGGAAAGAAAGCCUGGAGGAGCUUACCACGGGACCCUUUAGAAGAACCUAAAGUGAAGAAGCACAAAAAAUCAAAGAAGAAAAAGAAAUCCAAAGACAAACACCGCGAUCGAGAUUCCAGGCACCAGCAGGACUCCGAGCUGUCGGGAGCGCACUCUGACGCCGACCUCCACAGGCACAGGAAGAAGAAGAAGAAGAGGAAGAGGCACUCCCGCAAGUGCGAGGAUGCGCUCAGAGACUCAGGGCUGCGCCUGGCCAAGGCCGCCGCCUGCGAGACUGUCGCCCGCUUCCGGAGGGCGGCCGGCGGCUUCCCGCUCGCCGAGGGCCUGCCUCUGGAGGGCGCCGGGCCUUUCCGCGAGAACACGAAGGCCUUCCGCAUGGAGAGCAGGGCCGACAGGUGUCGUCUGUCGGAGUGCGGCCAGGGUAAGAGGAGGUGCUCGGAACUAAGGACGCACAAACUCUGUCGGGAGGGGCGGCGCACGGGGGAAGAAGAGCCCGCGGUCCGAAGGGUGCGGAGCCCCGCGUGGUGGCCCUGCUCCCUGGCGUUUCCCGCGAGCCGGGCCCCAGAACUUCUGCGAUCGCCCUCUGGGACUCAGGGCUGUGCUGUCUGAGUGUCUCCUGGAGGCCCAGAACUUUUGUUUUUAAGCCACUUUUGACGGAAAUGUUUUUGCAGUCUGUCUGUCUCUAAAUCCUUACCGCGCCCCGCCCCCCCCAGGCAUGGCGAGUGUGACCCAGGGCCCAGUCGCCCUCCCUGCUCCCGGGGCACCUCAGGCAGCUGCUCACCUCUCCGGCGGGCUUCGGGGCCUCUGGCCCCGGGGAGAGCGCCUGGCCGAGGGUGGGGGGUCCCAGGCGGCCGAGGGCAGGGGUUGGCACCCUGCGCGGCGAGAGCGGCAUUGGUCAGCGCUCAGGGAAGUCUGAGGCAGCGAAUCACGGUUCACAGAGAGUUCAGCGGGACAGGCCGGCCACUCACUCGGUCGUCACACGGCCGGUUGCUCAGUCACACGGCCAGCAGCACCCGGCCCAGUGUGGCCCACGAGCUGAGACCAUGUCGGCUGGCCUUUCGCCGGGAGAGUUUGCCAGCCCCUGCCCUGGACCCCCAAGGUGCCCUUUCGUGACUGCCCUGUCAUCUUGGUUGCCCAGAGGCCUUUUGGUUCCCAACUCUGGGAUUUGGGUGAGAUGUCGUGUGUUACGGGGGCAGGCCCAUCCCCUCCGGUGGCCCACAGCCCAUGAUUGUUGGUUGAAGAGGGGUCAUCUCAGCUAGGUGGUCCCACAGAGCAUCGGUGCUAGGAGGGCACCGGGUGACCUGAGGGAUGGACUGUUCCCCCGCAGGGCAGUGCCGUGGGACGUGCUGCGGGCACUCCGUGAGGCAGGGUGCCUUCCCCAGUGGCGGUGACGCUGCAGCCGGGUGGCGCCGUUUCUUUAAGAAAUUAAUUCCGUGCAUUUCAGAUUGGCUUCCCCGAGCACUUCAGGAGUUUGGGGAAGGGCUUGGGAGGGAAAGGAGGUUGAGGGUGGACUCUGGUAGGUGGCACUUGUGGCCUAGACAUGAGUCUCCAGGGGCUCAGUCAGGCUUCUUGUGGAGCAGUGGCCCUGUGUCCCUGUCCUUGGUCCGGGUGCACCCCGUGAUGGUGUGCACCUGCGCUUCCGCCCGAGCGGGCUGAGCAGCCCGUGUGCCCGUCCCGUCCCGUCCUCCCCUAGAAGGGCCACCCGCUUGGCCUUCUGUGCGACUGGCUGCGGACAGGCCCCCCUGCCUGUCUGCCACGCGCCCUCCGGCCUCGUGCCGCGACCGCUCCCCUCUCCCCUGCUCCUGUUCUCGGCCCGCGGGUUGCGCUCCUCCUGGCAGACGCUGCUCUCUGACCCGCCUGCGGGCCGCGGCCUUCCGUGAGCCACGCCACCUCCUGCUUUCACUGGGACCCUGGAGAAGUAGCUACGUGACAGCGUGGCCUCCUCAGCCUCAGGUAGCAGGGAUCUCGGGCGACAGUCAGCUGCCGGGCCGGUUGGGGGUGUGAUCAUUGGUGCGCACGGCGUAGGCGCCCGCUGUCGCAAACCACCGUGAAGUCUUUCCUGACCUUUGCUUUCUAGGUGAUUGAAAACUUGGCCUCCAGACAAAAACUUCACCUGUUCUGGUAAGCUCCUCUCCUGUCUGUGUGUCUCGUGGGCGUCGUGGCCCUGGGGGAUGCGGGUGGAGCUGCGCAAGCGGGGGCAGCAGACCCUCCGGCCUGGGUCCAGGCGCUGGAGCUGUGCUGAGUUCCGGCUGCGGCCUGGGGGCACCGGAACUGUGUCCCACCGCCCCCCCCCCAGCCCCGCCGUCCCCCACUGUAAGGGAAGGGGACAAGCGUAAGGCCCUGAGUCGGCAGGCCUUUGGUCCAUGCCUGGAGAGCUGCAGCAGCCCUGUCCCUUGCCCCUGACCUACCCAGCUGCCCGAGAGGCCCCGGGACCCCCGCUCCUUCACUGCCUGGGCCGCGGCUUUGGGGACAGGGGUCAGCCGCCCCCGCCCGGCCGGCCCGGGGCACCGACCCCUGUGCAGACCUGGGAACCACCGAGGCGGGCGACCUCGCGCCCAUUCACACAGGGACUUUGCUUUAUCCGGAUGCAGUUUGGGUGCUUUAAAGCAGAUCAGAACCUGGGCGUCAAGUAACUUCCCGCUGGCAUGUCACUCAGGGGCCCCGGGAGUCCGUAGUUCGUGCAGGGCGCCCUGCACCUGCCGAGGCGGAGGGGAAGCGAGCCAUUUUGCUGCUGAAAGGGAACUUUGUCCAAAUGUGGUACUUCUCGCAGCGAGGGGGACCGUGAAUGAAUGUCAGUGAGUCGUCUGCAGAGGACAGUGAGCAUUAACUCCGAGCCUCAGGGCGCGCCCUCGGGAGGGCCAGGCCGGGAGCCGCUCCGCCCCGGCGCGAGCGGGCCGGGUGGGAAGGGUGGGCGGCCCGCGCCCAGCAGAUGGCGCCCUCCGCGCGGGCCGCCGUCCUCGCAAAGAGCUCCCCGCGGCCCGGGGCCUCGACCAAGCCGUGCGUGCUCCCCGGAGGCCGCCGCGGGGCCACCCGCCGGCAGGCACUAACGCCGCCGCCUCCUGUCUUUCAGAUUCGAGUGUCCAACAGAAGCCAUCCCCAACCCAGCUUAAAUUAUAAAGAGAGAGGAGAACUCUGUCCAAAUCUGCGUGGUGCUUUAGUAAAUACUGUACAGAUUUUACCAUGAAGAACUUUUUUUUUAGUUUUUACCUUUUCUUAAUUACCCUUCUUCCAAACGGAUGAACACUUUCUACAACUGCUGACCAUUGUACAAUACGUUGUAUAUAGAUCACAUUGAAAUAACGCCCUGGACUAGAACAUCUCAAUGCUGCUUAAUCACAGACUCAGGUUGAUCACCGUGUCCACGUAACGCUCCUCCGAGGCGGACAGCCGUGCGGCCACCGGGAGGCCGCGGGAUCGCUAAGGACAGACGACAGUGUGCAUACUUAAUUUAAAGACUUAUUUAAAGAGUCACGGGCUCUCAGCUAGACUUUUGAGAGCAGUGUGUUUUCUGUAAUGUCUGAUACUAGAAACUAAUUUGCUUCAUAUUUUAGUUGUAUUCAAGAUUUGAAGAUGUAUUUUAUAGACAAGUUCUGUUUUUGAACUUUGUGGAACUAUUCCAAUCAAUUUACCAGUUAUGAUGAGUAUUUACAUUAUGAAUGUAUAAUCCAAACAUUAUUUGUAAAGCCUACAGUAUGUUUUUAUUACAUAACACUUUUUUAUACAGUGUCUCUUGUCUUGACUAUGAUAUUGGAGUCUGAGUCGUCAGCUUGGUCCCUUAAAGUUUCUAGUUACAGACAGAAUCAUACUGUGAUUUUAUUUUUAAUAUGGAUAUGCUAUCAAACUGUGAUACACUUAGAAUUCACUGGUCCUGCAUCAGGAGACGGAGUGGGGAGACUGUGUUGGAUACAGUUUGUAUCUGAAUGAUCUGUAUGCUUCAUACAGUUGCUGUUGUUCAGAGAUGUCUAAAGUUUGAUCUUUGUUUUUUUAAAGAUUAAAAAAGCACUUGCCCCACUGUAAAUAUACAGCAUGUAAAAUUUAUAUAGUAUAUAAAUGGCAGCAAAUUAAA